AGCUCUCACAGGUGUGGUUCUGCAGGGGAACAAGAGGGGAACAUCUAUUUCAGCCAUGCAGGAGGGACAAGACACACCUCUGGGGACGCUGCAACCACAGACGCGAUGCCUGCAAUGUGGGGACACGCUGGAGUGGUCAGAGGAACAUGGUGUCCUGCUGGGCUGUUCCUGCUGCUCUACAGUAGAUGAGACUCUAGAGAAUGUAGCCAGAAGACUCGGCAGCAGAAUGAAGAAAGAGAAGAGCCACUGGGCAGCUGGCAGAGUUGGUGACAUUGACUUUCUCGGUCCGACUAAAACGAGAGGAAAGUUUGUGAGGGUGCGCAGCAACACAGACCCAGUGCUGAUCUACCAGAUGCUGACAGAAGAGUGGGGUCUUGCUCCUCCACACCUGGUGGUUGCAGUAGUGGGAGGCGAUGAGGUGGCUCAGAUGAGGCCCUGGCUUAGGGACACACUGAGAAAGGGACUUGUGAAGGCUGCACAAAGCACAGGGGCAUGGAUUUUGACUAAUGGCCUUCGCUUUGGCAUCACCAAGCACUUAGGCCAGGCGGUACGAGAUCACUCCUUGGCCAGCACCUCUUCUAAAGUUCGUGUUGUGGCCAUUGGCAUUGCUCCCUGGAACAUGAUCCACAACCGAGAGGCACUACUCACAGCCAAGGUUGAUGAACCCGCAGCAUACAAGCCUCAAGACCUGCCCCAUGGAUCAGUGUAUUCCCUGGACAGUCACCACUCUCACUUUGUUCUGGUUGAGGAAGAUCCCAACAGACCUGGAGCCACCAGUGAAAUGAGGGUGAAGCUGCUCAAGCAUAUCUCUCUUCAGCGCACAGGUUACGGAGGUGCAGGAAGUUUUGAGAUCCCUGUUCUGUGUCUCUUGGUCCACGGAGAACCCAGGAUCCUAAAAAGAAUGUAUAAAGGCAUUGGCAAUUCGACACCAUGGCUGAUCCUGGCAGGCUCUGGAGGUGUGGCUGACAUCCUUGUCACACUGAUGAAUAGGGGCUGCUGGGAUACGGACAGUGUUCAUGAGCUGCUGCUGGACACCUUUCCAAAUGCCCACCACAGCACAGACAUCAGUAACUGGGUCAAGCUGAUUCAGAAGAUACUUGAUCACGAGCAUCUCCUCACUGUCCAUGACCCGGAACAAGAAAGCUCUGAGCUGGAUACAGUCAUUCUCAAAGCUCUAGUCAAAGCUUGCAAGAGCCAAAGUCAAGAAGCCCAAGACUUUCUGGAUGAGCUGAAGCUGGCAGUGGCCUGGAACAGAGUGGACAUUGCAAAGAGUGACAUUUUUAAUGGAGAUGUGGAGUGGAAGGCUUGUGAUCUUGAAGAGGUGAUGAUGGAUGCACUGAUCAAUGACAAGCCAGACUUUGUGCGCCUUUUCGUGGACAAUGGCGUGAACCUGGGAGAGUUCCUUACCUAUGGCCGUCUUCAGGAGCUUUACUGGUCUGUCUCAGAGAAAAGCCUCCUUCACAACCUGCUCCUCAAAAAGUACGAGGAGAAGCAGCUUCUGCUCGGAGCUGCCAGGACACAUGGUCCACCCGGGCACCAUCCUUCCGAGCAAGGAGACCGAAAACCCCGCUUCACCCUCUAUGAGGUCGCCAAAGUGCUGAAAGACUUUCUCCACGACUCUUGUAAAGGCUUUUACCAGAAGACUCCCACGGAGAAGCCAGCAAAGGGUCGACUGUUCCACACCCAGAAGAAUCUGGCUGAGUUAGAGGAGCGCUGCGAGCAUCCUUGGCGAGAUCUCUUCCUCUGGGCGGCCCUUCAGAACCGGCAGCAGAUGGCUAACUACUUUUGGGCCAUGGGCCCUGAGGCGGUUGCGGCAGCCCUGGCGGGUUGUAAGAUUCUGAAAGAGAUGGCACGACUGGAAUCCGAGGCUGAGUCCGCACGUAGCAUGAAGGAGGCCAAGUAUGAGCAGUUUGCCCUUGAUGUCUUUGGAGAGUGUUACUCCAACAGUGAAGACAGGGCUUAUGCUUUGUUAGUGAGGAGAACACACUGCUGGAGCAAAUCUACAGUCCUUAACUUGGCAACUGAGGCAGAUGCCAAAUCCUUCUUUGCCCACGACGGAGUUCAGGCUCUGCUCACAAAGAUUUGGUGGGGGUCUAUGAAAACAGACACAGCCAUCUCCAAACUCGUGGCGUCUUUCUUCUGUGCACCGCUCAUAUGGACCAACCUCAUAAAGUUCAGUGAUGAAGAACUUGACAAUCGUAAUGCUGGCAAGCAGUUUGUGGAGCUGGACAGUCUGGACACAGAAAAGGCUUUACUUCUAAGCGAUGAUGAUGAUGACCCUCUGGACUCUUCACCUGGAGGUCAAGCAGAUCAGAGCUGCGCCUCUGUUUGGUGGCGUUUCUUACUGCGUCGCUGGCGUCGAUUUUGGAGCGCUCCUGUAACGGUGUUCCUCGGCAAUGUCAUCAUGUAUUUUGCUUUCCUCUGCCUCUUCACUUACGUGCUGCUGCUAGACUUCCGCCCGCCGCCGCCUCUUGGCCCUGGAGCGCCAGAGAUAAUGCUCUACUUCUGGGUCUUCACAAUGGUGCUGGAGGAACUUCGACAGAGCUUCUUCACUGAUGAAGAGAUGAGCAUCUUAAAGAAGUUUAAACUCUACGUGGAGGACAACUGGAACAAGUGUGACAUGGUUGCCAUCUCACUCUUUGUUGUUGGGGUCUCCUGCAGGAUGGUGAAUGACACCUACGAGGCGGGAAGGACGGUUCUGGCCAUUGAUUUCAUGGUGUUUACUCUGCGUCUCAUCCAUAUCUUUGCCAUUCACAAGCAGCUGGGACCCAAGAUCAUCAUUGUGGAAAGAAUGAUGAAGGAUGUCUUCUUCUUCCUGUUUUUCUUGUGUGUCUGGCUCAUUGCAUACGGAGUUGCCACCCAGGCUCUCCUCCACCCCAAUGACCAAAGGAUUGACUGGGUGUUUCGCAGAGCGCUGUAUCGUCCCUACCUGCACAUUUUUGGCCAGAUCCCUUUGGAGGAGAUAGACACUGCUCGCAUGCCUGAAAUGAACUGCACCGAUGACUCAGACGAGAUUAUCGAGGGCCUGCGGCCACCAUGUCCCAACGUCUAUGCCAACUGGCUGGUCAUCCUGCUGCUGGUUAUCUACCUCCUCGUCACCAAUGUCCUGCUGAUGAACCUCCUCAUUGCCAUGUUCAGCUACACAUUCCAGGUAGUGCAAGGCAACACAGACAUCUUCUGGAAGUUCCAAAGAUAUAACCUGAUCGUGGAAUACCACAGCCGUCCAGCACUGGCCCCACCCUUCAUCAUCAUCAGCCACCUCUCUCAGCUCUUCCUCAGCCUAAUUAAGCAGCCUGAGUCCAAGCAGGAACGUCUUGAGAGGGAGUUGCCGGCGGGGCUGGACCAGAGGCUGAUAACAUGGGAGACUGUGCAGAAAGAGAAUUACCUGGCCAAAGUAGAGCGUCAGCACUGGGAAAGCAGUGAGGAGAGACUCAAGAGCACCUCCUCAAAGGUUCAAAGCUUGCUGAAGACUGUCGGUGGAUUUAAGGACCAAGAGAGACGACUGGCAUCCAUGGAAAGUCAGGUCAGAUAUUGCGGAGAAGUGCUGUCCUGGAUGGCUGAGUGCUUUGCUCAGAGCACACUCAAAUGUGGGAAGGACGCGCCGAGAGUUCCGACGUCUCUUGCAGGCGACAAGACAGAUGGCGCCGCUGCAGAUGCAUCUCAAAGUCAAACAGCGAAUGAAGCGAAGCAAGAAGAAAAAACAAAACCGGGACAUCCAGGAUAUGGGGCCAACAAAAAGUUUCCUUACAUUGAUGAAUAAAAGUGAUA